AUGGACGCAAAGCCACAACGCCCUUCGCGAGGUCUUCGUGUGCGCGACGAGAACGUGCCGCCUCAGUUACCAGCCGGGAAAGCUCUUAAGCAGGGCAAGUCGGUGUCUGCACUGAACGGACUCUCAAUGCCAGCUGGAGCCAUUAAGCCGGCCGCUAAGCGGGCCCCUUUUGCAGAUGUCAGCAACACUACGAGGCAACCCGUUGCGAAGGACGACAUCCACCUUGCUGGCAAGAAGAAGGAGUCUCUAAUGCUGAAGGACCCUGCAGUGGUCUUGAUUAAGGAGCUGGAGAAACCCGGCGCAUUGCUACGACCAGCGCAGCGACCUCUGUCGACUAUCACCGCGAGAACGAACACAUCGAUCAGCACUGAGUCAGUCGAGUCUGCUAUCCCAAAGCACGUCACCAUUGAGGCCUCUACCAAUGCUCGCAAGACCAUAACGAAGAAGCCGACCACCGUUUUCCACGAGUCUAAGGCUGAGAUCAUCCCUGAGACCACCACAACAACUGCCCCAACACGGCAAGCAUUGACGUCGCGGGCCACCUCAUUUCCGAUUGAGGACCGUGCGCCAGUAGCAACAGAGCCAGCAGCUGUUCGCCCAAUCGAGACUGAGGUCAAUAUCCCUGCGCAAGAACAAGAGAAGGCGGUCAAGGUCGACGCGGAAGAGAAGUACGAGUAUCUUGAUGCUCUCGAGGAGCAAGCACGUGUCAUUGAACAGGAACGCAAUGAAGAGCUUGCAAAGCUCAAUCAAGAGGAGUACUGGGAUGAAGAUGAUGAGGAAGAGUACUAUGAUGCCGAUGGGUAUACAACUGCAAGGUCUCUUCGUUCGCGCGGCGACAACACCACUGGUGGGGUUACAUUGGUUCUUGCGCCGCGCAUCACAGCAAAGACACAGCGUGAGCUUGAGGCCGCAAAGCAGUUCGUCGAGCUGCACAGGUCUCCUGAGGACGUUGAAGACGAGCAGUGGGACACAUCGAUGGUCGCUGAGUAUGGCGACGAAAUUUUCGAGUACAUGCACUCCCUCGAAGAGAAGAUGAAGCCGAACGCCAACUACAUGGACCACCAAGCCGAGAUCCAAUGGUCAAUGCGAUCGGUGCUUAUGGACUGGCUUGUCCAGGUUCACAACCGUUUCACGCUCUUGCCUGAGACACUCUUCCUUGCAGUCAACUACGUCGAUCGUUUUCUUUCUGCAAAGGUCGUUUCUUUGGGCAAGCUCCAGCUUGUCGGCGCCACUGCUCUGUUCGUUGCUGCCAAGUACGAGGAGAUCAACUGCCCUUCGGUUCAAGAGAUUGUGUACAUGGUCGACGGUGCCUACACUAGUGACGAAGUUCUCAAGGCUGAGCGCUUCAUGCUCAGCAUGCUGCAGUUCGAGCUCGGUUGGCCAGGGCCGAUGAGCUUCCUGCGCCGCAUCAGCAAGGCGGACGAUUAUGACCUAGAGACACGAACCUUAGCCAAGUACUUCCUUGAGAUCACAGUCAUGGACGAGCGCUUCGUCAGCUGCGCCCCAAGCUUUCUAGCUGCUGGCGCUCAUUGUCUGGCCCGCUUCAUGCUGAAGAAGGGCGACUGGUCUCAAGCCCACGUCCACUACUCUGGCUACACUCUGAGCCAGCUACGACAGCUUGUCUCUUGUAUAAUGGAGUGCUGCGACAACCCUCAGAAGCACCACGCCGCCGUUUACGAGAAAUACACCGACAAGCGUUACAAGCGCGCGUCCAUCUUUGUCGAGACGGAGAUCGCAAAGGGCUUCCAGCUCCCCUUCGCCUCGAGGGACAGUCUUGCUGGUCAAACGUGGAGACGAAAGUGA